AAUUUCAUAAGACCAACUCCUGCAACUUUACCAAGAACUCAGAUCUCCACGUGUGAUCAAAUUCAUCGUCCUACAGCUGGCGCUUUUGAUACUCAACACGCGAGUCUUAACACUUCUGCCUUCGUUUAUACGUGGAGUGACAAAGUAAUUGAAAUCCGUUAUAAACGUGAUUUCAAAUUAUACGAUACUUUUGAGCUGAGGAAAUUCAAUUAUGAACAGAAAUGUAAUCCCCUAAGAUCAAGAGACGAAGGUUACCUUCGUGAGAUUGUGAAAGUAACUGAUUGCAUUGUUGGAACAAAGUGUCUAUUAAUAUGCACGCGGACAACCCAGUCAGAGUAUAGAUUUCUAUUAUAUGAUAUAUAUGAGAGAAUUACUCAUAUUUUGCCAAUGAAUUUGGACAAGUUGAUUCCUACAAUAAAUGACGUGGUUUUUUCUGAAGAAAUCUUACAUGGUGAUGAUGAAAUCCAAAAAUUAAAGCAAGCGGGUACAACUGCUUCAGUAUCUUAUCUAAUUGUUAUUGCUUCUGCUAUUGGAAUAUCUUUAUAUCGUUUAUUACCUCCUACAAAGGAAUUUUGUUCAAAAUUUCGUGUGAUUGAAGAGCAUUAUCAACAAUUAUAUACUAGAGAACCCGUAUCAGCUGUGAAUGUAUACAUAUCAUCUCAUCAAUUUCAUGGUACAAAUGGUAUUCCUUUCAUAAUUGCGGGUGGUAUGCGAGGACUUAUCGAAAUAUUUAGUUACGAUUUUGAUUUCAAAAUACAAGAGAUUCAAUCUAUAGAACCUCCAAUGUCUUCUGCUCCGGUUACUCAUAUAAUUUCACGUCCUCCUCAUGCUGAUUAUGAAGGUCUAAUCAUUGUUGGUCAUGGUGGUCUUGAUCCAACUUUGAAUAAUGAUUUCAUAGAACAAAUUGAUUUAAAACCUAUGAUUAGGUUUUUCAAAACUUCUUUUGGUAUUGGUCAUCAAUCAUGUCAAGAAUUUGAUCAAAGUUUUGAAGGUCGUCCGGAUUCUAAUGUUAUCAAAGGAAGAAUUAUUUCAAUUUCUUCUGCUGCUGAUGGUAUUGAUUACAUUUUAUGUGUCGCCUUGGAUUCUACUUACAUGGAAAAAGAUGCAAAAGAUGGUCUUGAACUUGCCAUGUUUAAAAUUGAGAGUGCUCAAAAAAUUUCUCUUCUAUGUUGGGAAAAUAUUUCUAUACUAUGCAAUUUGUUACCUGUAUUGGACAUUGAUGCUCCUAUACGCUAUGCUAAGUGUGAAAUUCUUUUACCUAAUAGAACGGUCCUUUUUGAUCCGAACAUUAAAUCUCAAUGUGAAAUAUUUUAUGAUCUGAAACCAUUAUUUACUGAGUGGUUUGACGAUGCCGAGUUUAGAAAAUAUACUCCUUAUUCCACAAUCACUUUUAGUGCUAUUCGAUCUCGACGUAAUCAAUUGGAUGGUGAACUCAUUUUUGAUAUGUUACUUCGAUUUGUAAAUAUUGACCCAGAGUCUUAUCCUCCACCUGAUACAGAAGCAUUAAAGAUUUUGUUUGAUGAGAUAUUUAAAAGCAAUGAUAUUGAUAUGUUAAGAAAACAUUGCCUUGUAUAUUAUCUUUUGAAAGAUUGGCAAGCUUUCAGCAAAAGGUAUCAAAAAUAUGCAACUAGAUAUUUGAUACCACCAAAUUUCUUGUGUCUUAUGGAUGGGUAUUGGGCUUUAGAUCAUUGUCAAUUCGCAGAAGCUAUAAGAUUUUUAACUGAACCAACUGUUACUGUGGAUUGGGAUAUAAAGGUUAUGCAGGUGUUAUUGAAAAAUGUGGGUCCAUAUGAUGCGUUGAAAUAUGCAAAUCUUAACAAUAUUCAAGAAAGUUCACCUGAAAAUAUAGAAAUCUAUAUGGAAAUUCUAUUGCACUGUGAUAUAUGUGAAGCCUUACUUUUUCAACGACAACAUAGGACUCACACUGAAGACUUUGCGCUAUUCAAAAAGUUACUGGACUUUUGCUUCCUUCCGAAACCCGAUGCAGAUAAAUUAAAUAUAUUGCUUAAUACUGUAAUGGAUGAGAAUGAACGCGCGAUUUUAAAUAAAUAUUGCGAAAUCGAAGACCAAGAAACACGGAAACACUUUUUAAUUAUUUACAAUAUUCAUCAUGGUAAUAUUGUUGAAUCUAUUAAAGAAAACGAAUUAUUGAGACGAAGAGGUGAAAGCAUUGGAAGUGGAACAGUAAGCACUCACAUGCGAAAUAAAUACAUUGGAAGUAUUAUGGAGACACUACCUCCAAUGCAACUGAAAGAAAUUUCUAUGGAGAUUGAUAAAGCCUUAAGUCGUGAUGAAAGAGUAAAUGGUAUUAGCACACCAUUUAUCGAUGUGGAUGAAACAAUGAUGCAAGAAACGCAAGCAGUUCAUACUUCAAUAUUCUCCUUUCCGCCAUCUAUACGAGAUUCGACACAACUAUCUCCAGAAAAACAGAGAAAGACACCACCGUCAAACAUUGAUAUCCCAGUUUUAAUUGAUCAUUCCCCUUUUACAUCGCCUCAGAAUGACCGUAUUCCAGUAGUGAAACAAGAACCAUCAUCUGGAAGGAGAAGAAGUCGAGCUAUUUCUACUCCUGCUC